CUUAAACCCUGCUUGCCCGCUUCCAAGCCCAGCCCCCGUUCUCACCCUGAACUCCCACCCUUAGCCCUGAAAAGUUGUCUCAGCUGGUAACACCCAGAGGCCCCACCGUAAGGGACCCUCAAAGCCACACACCCCCCCCAUUUGGGGACCCAGCCCCAAACCCACCCCUACCCUCUCCCUCAUCAUACAUCCCUUCCUCUGCUCAGUCUGGGCCCAGAACCUGCGGCCCUGAAGACAUGGAGUUUGUGUCUGGAUACCGCGAUGAGUUCCUUGAUUUCGCUGCCCUCUUGUUUGGCUGGUUCCGAAAGUUCGCGGCAGAGCGUGGGCCUGGGGGGGCCCGCCUUGAGGGCCGCUGGCGCCAGCUGGAGGCUCAGAUCAGAAGGCUGCCCCAGGACCCUGCCCUUUGGGUGCUCCAUGUCUUGCCCAACCGUAGUGUGGGCAUCAGCCUGGGGCAAGGGGCAGAGCCAGGCCCUGCACCAGGCCUGGGGGUUGCCCGGUUCCUGGGAGAUGAGCCCCCACUCCACCUGCGAGACCUAAGCCCCUAUGUCAGUUUUGUCAGCCUGGAGGAAGGGGAGGAAGCAGAGGAGGAGGAGGAGGAGGAAGAGAAUGGAGAGGAGGAGGGUGCAGGCAUGGAGAAGGUAGAUCCAGAGGAGGACGGGGAGCCAGCCCCCACCAGCAGGGAGUCCCCCCAGGAAGCAAACCCUCCAGGGGAGACAGAGGAGGCUGAGCAGGAGGCAGGAGGCGGCGAGGAUGAUUGCCGAGAGGACAAGGCAGAGGACGAAGCAGGCCCUGAGAGGAGGAAGGGGCGGAGAAGUGAGGCUGCCCCCCUGCACCUCUCCUGCCUCUUACUGGUGACCGAUGAACAUGGCACCCUCUUGGGCAUUGACCUGCUAAUGGAUGGAACCCAGGGGAGCGCAGGCAAGGGCUCAGGGACCGAGAACCUGGUUCCUCGGGCCUAUGCUCUCCUCUGCCACAGCAUGGCCUGCCCCAUGGGCUCCGGAGACCCUCGAAAGCCCCGACAGCUCACCGUGGGAGACGCCCAGCUGCAUCGAGACUUGGAGCGUCUGGUCCCGAGGCUGGGCGUGAAGUUAGCCAAGACGCCGAUGCGGACGUGGGGUCCCCGGCCAGGCUUCACGUUUGCCUCCCUCCGGGCUCGAACCUGCCAUGUCUGCCAUAGGCAUAGCUUUGAGGUGAAGCUGACACCUUGCCCCCAGUGUAGUGCCGUCUUGUACUGUGGAGAGGCUUGUCUCAGGGCCGACUGGCGCCGAUGCCCAGAUGACGUGAGCCACCGAUUUUGGUGCCCGAGGCUUGCAGGCUUCAUGGAGCGGGCCGGGGAGCUGGCAAGUCUGCCUUUUACCUACACUGCAGAGGUGACCAGUGAAACCUUCAACAAGGAGGCCUUUCUGGCCUCACGGGGCCUCACUCGCGGCUACUGGACCCAGCUCAGCAUGCUGAUUCCAGGCCCUGGCGCCCCGAGGCGCCCCCAAGGCAGCACGCCAGCCCUGAGCCUUCUUCUUGGUGGAGAUCCCUACCAGCUUCUCCAGGGGGAUGGGCCCGCCCUGAUGCCUCCUGUGCCCCCAGAUCCACCCAGGGGCGUCUUUGGCUCGUGGCAGGAUUACUACACGUGGAGGGGCCUCAGCUUGGACUCCCCCAUGGCCGUGCUUCUCACCUACCCAUUGACUGUGUAUUACGUCAUCACCCACCUGGUGCCCCAGUCCUUCCCUGAGCUCAACAUCCAGAACAAGCAAUCACUGAAAAUCCACGUGGUGGAAGCCGGGAAGGAGUUCGACCUGGUCAUGGUGUUUUGGGAGCUCCUGGUCUUGCUCCCCCACGUGGCCCUGGAGCUGCAGUUUGUGGGUGACGGCCUGCCCCCUGACAGUGACCAGCAGCAUUUUACCCUGCAGAGGGUGAGGGCUGAGGGGGGGGCGGUGUCCUCCUUCCUUCUGCUCUCCCCUUGCCUAGCGCCUCCCAGUGCCCUAACUUCCAGCGGUGUCUCCACUCUGCUCCUGGCUCCCCAGGAUGGCCCAGAGGUGUCUGUCCGUCCUGGUUCCGGGGUAUCCGCGCGGCUCAGCUCCAGCACUAAGGAGAAGGGGGGCCGCAGGGACCUGCAGAUCAAGGUGUCUGCACGGCCCUACCACCUGCUCCAGGGGCCCAAACCCGACCUGGUUAUCGGAUUUAACUCCGGCUUCGGUCUCAAGGACACUUGGCUGAGCUCGCUGCCCCGGCUACAGUCCCUCCGAGUCCCGGCCUUCUUCACCGAGAGCAGCGAGUACGGCUGUGUGAUGGACGACCAGACCAUGGCGGUGGCCACGGGAGGGGGCACCAGCCCCCCGCGGCCCAACCCCUUCCGCUCCCCCUUUCGCCUGCGAGCCGCCGACAACUGCAUGCCCUGGUACUGCAACGCCUUCAUCUUCCACCUGGUCUACAAGCCCCCGCAGGGGAGCGGGGCCCGCCCGGCGCACGGGCCCGCGCCCCCGGUCCCGACCCCCGCCGCGCCCCCCGCCCCCGCCCGCAGGCGCCGAGGGGAGAAGAAGCCCGGGCGGGGGGCCCGCCGGCGCAGCUUCUUUCAGCCCCUCGACGGCUGUCCCCUCUUCCCUGCGGCUCCGACUCCGACCCUCCUUGGUGAUCCCAAACUCCUGAUGUCUGUGUGUAAGUCACUGUAGGCCCCAGUGACCCUCAGGGGCCCGCACCAAGGCAAGGCAAGACCCAGGGGCGGAGAGGGGCUUCUCACUAGCGGGCAGGGGACGCACACGAGCUCCUGGGGGCGCACAGGCCUUGGUUUAGGGGCCGCGAAAGGCCCCCAGCCACCCACCCGUGGGCCAUCCUUGUCCUUCUCUCAUUCCUCAUAUGCAACGAAGAACCAGCUUGUGCUGAGUCCACUGCGAAUGUCACUCAAACCCAGUUCAUGUCCGCUCUCACUGCCCACUCGACGAGUCCGGCAGAGAAUUCUUUCUAGGACAGUACUUACCUGCUUAAAUCCCUCCGGUGACUUUCCUCCACUCUUAAAAUCCCCUGAGUGUGGGCUGGGUUUAGUGACUCAGUCAUUAAAGUACAGAAAGGGAAGAGUAAUGGAGAAACUUGGCAGACACCACCUUGACCAAGUGAUGAAGGUUAAUGAGCGUAAGUCACGGGGACAUCAUGUGCUCCCUGACAUGUUGCAGUGAGAAAGCCACAUCACCUUCCUAUUCCUCCCAAAAAUCCAUAACCUUGGUCUGACCCUGAGAAAACAGCAGACAAAUCCACACUGUGGGACAGUCUACAAGAUGCCUGGCCGCUCUUCUUCCAAAGUGUUCCAAAGUCAUCGAAGGCAAAAAAAGACCCAAGAAACUGACAGACUGGAAGGGAGUACGGAGACGUGACAUCUAACUAUGAUGUGGUCUCCUGGAUUGGAUCCUGGGGCAGAAAAAGGACAUUAGUGGAAAAACUGGAGGAGGAAUCCAAAUAAAAUCUGUAGGGUUUAGCUAACGGUAUGGUGUCGAUGUUAAUUUCUUCCUUUUGAUAAACACGCUAUAUGUCUUACAGGUUCUUCUCUCCCUUUCUGUCAUUCUCUUUUAUUAUAAAUAUUUUGGGCGUCGAAGUUUCCAAAUACACACAAAAGCCCAGAGACUGCAUCAUGAAUCUCUAUGUACCGGUCUCUCAGCUUCAACAAUUAUCAACGUUUUUCUUAUUUUAUUAUUACUUCUUGGGAAUCUAUGACAUAAGAAGACACGUGUAUAUAUUUGGUCUUGUCCAGGUUCCUGGCACAAGAGCUUCUGAAACCCUUGGAAUCUCCUUAGUGAAAGG